GCCUACCAAUCGUGUUUCAUUCAUACCACCUCAACCUACAAUACUCUUCGUUUCACUACAAAAUUGAGUCAAGCAUUACCAUGGCAGGCAACAUGUCUCAGCUAGACGACGCAAUCAUUGCCAAGAUUAAGAAAUUGGUGCCCCAAUCGCUCGAGACAAGGGCCGACGCCGGCGAUUCUAACCUGAACGAGCGCUGUCUGUCGGCAUUGCUUUUGUCGACUCGCCUUUCCAGCACCACCAAACUACAGCGCAUUUUCUAUGACAGAAAUAUUUUAAUUGACUUCAUACUUCUUUUGGUAGAAGAGAACGCUACAGGUACGACGUUGUACGCGCGAUUAGCGGCUCAGUUGGCUGUGCGCCUUGCUGAAUGCGAGCCCGACAGAGAUGAAAGAGACAGAGCAACUUUCCAACAGCGCUCUUGUCGUCGGAUCGGGUCGGCUCUUUGUGGUAUUUUGGACCUGAGAACACGCGACACAAAGAAGCCUUUGAUGAUUGAGGUCAUUGACGUGGAAAUCGUUAUCGCACUUAAUGAAUUAGCUGCCAGGCUUGUACAAUAUCGAACUCGCACCGAUGGCGACGGGGACAUCGACAACGCUCUACUGGAAACAAUUCUGGAACAGGCAUGGAAGCUCGCGAUAAAUGCUGCGGUACACACAGAGGAGGCAAAGGGUGUUUCACUAUCAAACGAUCCCCUGGGGCCGAAAUUGAAGCAGCCAAGCGAAAUUAUGCACGAGACUUUGACACAACUUCUAAAUCAGAGUUCCAACGUGGUCUGUGAGCAGUCUCUGUCCGUGCAAAUGAGCGCAGAGACUACUCGUCUGUUCUUCGAUCAUGCAUCGAGAAUAACCAACUACAAAAUACCUUCGUACUAUCGCUCCGCUUUAAACUGGGCUCGGGAGGGAUUGGGUUCGUCCCCUUCCAGCUUUCUUGACGAAAGUCGAGAGUCCCCAUCGACUACAUCCGAAUGCUCCAGCCUUAGAUCCGCAUCUAUCCAAAUCAUUUUGUGGACCUCUCACUUGUUGGCAGCACUACCUUCAUUCCAAGCACAAAUUGAUGCCAACGAAAUGGAGAUUUCUGAAGGAUUGGCGCGCCUGAUUGUGGCCGGCUGUGUCUCUUCAUCGGCACAUCAUCAGGACCAAUCCGACACAUUCCGCUCCCUUUCUUGGAGCACGCUAGGUACUUUGGUACAAGCUAUUGGAUGGAGAUGGCUAUUUAGCGUCCAAUGGCAACAUACAUCGGUUUUUGGAUCAGCACAUUCUGUGUGUAUACUCUUACGACUGGCUGUAGGAGAAUGGAAAAUUCAGCUAGGUUUUUUACUAUCCGAGACAGAAGACAACGAACCUGACAGCCAAAGUCUUUUGAACGACAGCAAGGUGUCUAUAUUUCAAACUUGUGCGCAAGUGAUCAUAGCGGCUGUUGAAUAUGUUGUUGAGCUGGCAACGGAAGUGGAGAACGAUGGAAGUUUGUCUGUACCCGUCGACUCUGUGUUACAUUUGCGCGAGUCCCUUUACGAAUGUUUGGACGCUAUUGUGCAAUACUUUGCGUCCUUUGAGGAAUCCUUGACGAAAGGAGUUAGAGCUGAGUUGGUUGAUGUAUGUGUCAUUCGAGUCAUGAGUUCUUUGCUGAUGGAAAUGGAUGCGUUCGAAACAACUCUACCGACUAGUACGACUUUAAAGGAAGACGGAGAACAGGAGAAUGCUGUCUUGGGCGCACUCCGUCGGGCGAUGAACGUAGAUAUCAAGCAAGCGAGGGAAGCUUUGUUGCCAGGGCUGGCGUCCGUAUUUUCAUCGGCUAAAAACCACGAGGAUGAGAGCGACAUACGGGUAGGUCUGUUGAAAGAUUACGAUCUCGUGGGAGAUUCAUUGGCGGAUUUCUUGACCAUUUUCUGGAACGAAAGAGAUGCGGAUGGAUCCAGCAUUGAAUGGGCCUGCCGAACUACCGAAUUGUGGCUCUUCCUCACCGACGUUACCAAGGUGUCUACUAUUCAAGAUGGCAUCGUUCGGUGGCUCCAGCUGAGUACGAUUGCGCAAACUCGACGCCCUAGCGGCGCAGGUACAAGUAUACAUGGCGGCAAAGAAAGCACGCAACAAGCAGUAUAUGCGGCGGUUGGUUGCUACGCUUUUCUUCAAGGUGAUACGAAACCCGGUGAGCCGCACGCCUCUAUUCUACAGUGUGCGUUGCAAGAAUGCAGUGAACUUGUGGAGUAA